UGCGACGCUGGAGCAUUUCCGGUCCCGGAAAAGGGCUAUAAAGUUGGAAGUUCCGCGAGCAAUGAUUCCAAUCGGAAGUGGGAGUAGUUUUCAUCAUGUUUAAGCUAAUACUUUCAGUGGUAGUCCUGGCGGUCGUGGUUGCAGCUCAAGAGGAGGAAGAGAUCAACUACGACUUCAUCUUCGAGAAGAUGGAGACCGUCGAGGGUUCGGAGCAGUACUGCGAGUACAACUACACCAUGGAGAAGCUGUCCGAGUACAACUUCAAGCUAUCCGGCAACUUCUUCACCCCGAAGGAGCUGAACAACGACUUUGGCAUCGUGUUCACGCUCAGCCGUGCCGAGGUCGGUUCCGAGGAGUUCGAGGAGAUGAUGCACAUCAGCAAACCCCUGUGCGAGUACAUGAAGACGAUCUACCGGAUGUACUUUUACGAGAGCGUCAAGGACAUUAGCAACUUCCCGCACUUUGACGAGUGUCCGCUGCCGGGCCAGAAGGAGUACUGGAUCAAGGAGUACCUGUUCGAGGGCGAGGGCUACAAGGCGUUCACCCGUGAUGGUCAUUUCAAGAUUGAGUUCUAUCUGACCAAGGACGGUGCGAACGUGGCCGGUGCCGUCACCACGAUGACCGUGAAGCCCGUGGAGAAGUGAGGUUCAAUUCAAGUGUAGAUGGUUCGUUUGGAGGCAAUAAAGAGUUGCAUGGUUUAGA